AUGUGCAAGGAGGAUUUUAGGUCGCUUCGUACAUCUGGUCUCAUGACGAUCGGUAGUCUUGAAAAUAGUGUUAACUCAUCAGAAGCUAACUCUGACUUUGAGGUUACUUAUUUACCCUUGUUAUUUCUAAAGAUCCUAUAUGACUGUAAACAGGAAUUGGCUAAGUUACUCUCCGACGACCCUGGCUGCAUUGAAUUGAGCAUGGGAAUGUCUACGGACUUCGAGCAAGCGGUAUAA